UAAUCAAUUGGGAGAUAAAUGAAUACUGCAAUUAUUAUUAAAAUGGAUAACUCUAUAUACUAUAGUUUAUUAAUAGUAAUUAAUCUAGGACUGUUUAUCUACUGGUUUUGCAGGGUAGUCUUUAAAACUAACUUAUAGUUGAAAUAAGAAAUGGUCAGCAAUUUAAUUUACUUCCUGCAGAUUAAAUGUUAAUCACUUAAAUUGUUAUGUUUGAAGCACUGAAUUAAGACUUGACAUUAAGUGAUAAUACAUGAUUGUUAUCACCUACAUGUUGAGGCUGAAGUGGAAAAACACAUCCAUUUGCCUAUUUGCUGUUUACCCAAAGACAACCAAACUGAUUACAAUAUCAUUAAGCAAAAUGCUUUAUCUGUAUAUAUUUACAUUAUAUUUUAGAACAUGCCAACUCUGAUUAAUACAAGAUUGAAAAUGAAUGAUGAUAACAAUAAAGUAACCUCUGGUUCAUCAUCAGAAACAGAAACUACAUCAGAAGAUGAAUCUUUAGUUGAACAACAAGAUCUAAAGGAAACUGAUAAUUUAAAGAGUGAAAAAAAUGAUUCAUCAAGUGAUAUUGAAUUAAUAGAUUAUGCUGAGUCAUUACAAUCUUCAAUUUCAUCCCAUUGGUCUGUUUUCAACUCUCCAGUAGAUAUAUCAAAUGUAGAAGUGAAGGAAGAAGUUGAGAGGAAAAAUGUUGGAAUUCAAACUGACCAAAUUGAUCCACGUUUCAUAACAGUAGAACCCGAACACCAAACAGAAUCAACUAUUUUUCAAAAACACUAUAUACUUUUUGGUCUAAUACUAAUAAUAGCCUUUAUUUUUAAUAUGCACAAUACGAAAGAAAAAACAACAGAAAUUGCACUGCUACAAGAUUUAAGCAUCAUGCUCAAAGAAUUGUCUAGAGAUGUGAAAUAUAAAAUGAGAGGGCUACAAAAAUCUGAUGUUCUUUUUAAUAAAAUCUUAAAUCGUAACGAAAAUGUCACAUCUUUAAUGAGAGAUAUUACGGAAAUGAAAGUGCAGGUUCAAAGAUUGAAUGAAGAUAUUAGUAUAUUAAAUUAUAGUUUAAUGGAAGAAAAUCUAAAGGAUUUACAGGAUCGUAAUGAAAAUCUCACCAACGAAGUUAGGAAAUUAAGAGAAUUACUCAAAGAUGGUUUAAAUUACUGCAUAGAUAACCAAGAAAUGUUUUUAUAUUUAAAUCAUUCCAUUUACAAUAAUAUUCAAGAAAGGAUUAACAGAAAACAUUGUACAUUGUUAAAACAAUUAAACUUAAAUGAAGAAGAAUGCAAAUCAUUGACUGGCAGAGCUGAAUCCAAAGUAGAUAUUAAUUUGAAGAAAGAAUCAAAGUUUAAAAAUUGGGUUUUUGAUAGGGCGAAUGCUCGAAGCAAGAAACGAGAUGUAAAUAAUCCACAGGAUUGGCAGAGUAAUCGUGCUAUCGGCAGAGAUUUACUCCGCAAUGUUACCAUUUUUUUACUUGUAACAUUGAUUUUGGUGAUCGUGCACAGUUUAUUAUUUCUUUCUUAUUGUUAUUUUAAAAGUGAACAGACAACAGAACCAAACGAAUCAUCAUUGAAUCCUCCAGUUAAUAUCAGAACCGUAAGAGUUUACAUUCAUAGGAUAUAAUGGUAAAUUACAAUAAGGAAAUCAUUUUAUCCAGCAAUGGCCAAAUUAAACUAGUUUUUUAUUACAAAAUGUACUUCAUUUCUUUUUUUUAGUAAAUAAAAAUAAAUUUGUUUUGUAUAUUUUGAGUUUU